AUGUUUCGGCUCUCCAUUGGACGUGGAUUUGAAGCUUUUGGUUUGUCCAGCGGUGGCCCAACAUCAAUCCAACAAGAAAGCCUUCAUUACCACCUGAAUCCACCAACGCAGAUAAAGCCCGAUAGGUUUGGCAAUCCUUCCUGCCUACUCACCGCUGCAUAUCCUAAGUUCGUUCAGACGCAGGCCCAGAGCUCUGCUGUCGCCAAACGGAUUGUAAAUGUCGAGAGUCUAGUCUCACGACUGACCUUGGCGUUGCAUGAUAUUUUCACGAAGGAUUUUCAGGGUUACAACCGGCUGAAACGUCGUGUCGAUACGUUGGAGCGGAUGGUGACGAGAGACUCGCAUAAACGCGCAGUCCACCUCGACAUCCAAGUCUUUGCCAAGCGGACGACGUUCGACGUCUGGAAGCUGGAUUAUCCUUCUUCUCCAUCUCCCGCGGCACAACAUCAGACUCACGGCUAG